AUGCCAGACCUCACUGCCGCCGAGCUCAGCAUUCCGGCCGAGCAGCACCCCGAUCCCGCAAAGCCACUGGUGAUACCCGUCGACUCAACAGUGGUAGGCUCUACCCUGCGCUUCAUUCCGUGGUCUGUGGUGGGCAAUCCGGCCUUCCUCAAUCUGCCCCCUCCUCCUCCGGGGAUGCAACCGUCGUGGGUCCAGAUUCCGCAGUGGGUCGCCAUCAGUGCGCUGCUCCCCUUCAGUGAGCCCGAGCCCGCUGUGGCCACCCACUUUGACAGGCUCAGCGUCUUGCGGCUGGCCGUAUUGGCCGCGGCUUGGCGCCGCAUCCUCGGUGCCUUGUCCGACCUCGGCGUUUUCAGCACGGUGCACGUGGAUGAGGAUGCGUUCCGACGCACAGCGAGCCGGCGCGGCGGCGCCGUCGACGCCGACGGACUAGUACAGCGCUUGCCCAGCCCUGCCCGCACGAAAUUCAACCUAACUAAACUCAGCCACUUGCUGCUAACUUACAUCGCCUGUUCUCAACAGACGCUCGGGCGCGCCACCACGGCCGGCUCCGCGCCAAACCCGGGCAACCUGUACGGCAUCCAGCUCGGGCACGCCAUCGCGGCCUGGCUCCGCGCCAAACCCGGGCAACCUGACCUCGUCGUCGCACCGGCGGCCGCUCGGCCUGAGCUGUGA